UGAGAAAUGCGAUUAUACUGCCUCAGUUUAACACUGGCGAGCGGACGGAUUGCGCACUAUGCGACCCUCCUCAUAGAGAAAGCUUAUUCUACAAGGUGAUCAUUAAAGGCGAUGCCUCGGUAUUUCUAAGCGAAAUAGAGUAGCCAUUGUUAUUGCUGGGACUGAACUGAGGUUUUCAGCAGGAUGUGGGUUGCCCAGAAUCCACACUGGGCCGAGGACGCGUUCAGAACGGCCUGCAGUUCUGCCUCCAGCAGCAGGUGAAUGGCCAGGUGCGCCUUCACGUGUGACAUCUUCUGACCACGGGCCGUCUUAGCGCGAUACGCGUGACUGUUUUUAACAAGUGUACUGAUUCGCUUCUCUACUUGAAUUCAAAGAAGAGACAGCUCAAUGCGUCACUGGACCAUGAAGCACCAUCAUCAGUUGUUCAGGUGUUUUUGGCAAACUCUCGUCACUGUUCUUCUGUUUGAAGGCACCCCGCUCGUGAUGUUCAGGGGGACCCUAACGCUGACCCUAAACAGGGAUGACAGCAGCUUCACACGGAUAACUCACGCCUUUCACAAUGUCACAAGUCAUAGAAGAGAACUGAAGCCUCUGGCAAAGACAAGGCCGUUUGCUUUUGUUAAUGGACUUAGGAGAAGCCUGAGUGAUGUUUUACAGAAUGGUCACCCUGACAGAUUGCUAUGUGGUUUACAAGUGGGAAGCAGCUUGUAUGUCUUGGACCUGGAGAAAAACCAAGAUCUUUUGCCAAAGCUGCCUAACGUGUUCUACUAUCUGCCAAAUGGAACUGGGGUAUCCAUGAAGGAGAACCUAGUGACGCAUUGUUACUAUCAUGGUUCAGUGCAAGGUUACCCUCAGUCCCGUGUGGUACUCAGCUCCUGCUCUGGGUUACGGGGAGUGAUAGUCAUUAACGCCACACUGAGCUUUGAGCUGCAUCCUGAGGAAGAAAAGCAUGAAAAAGAAGAGGAAGGGAGUGGAGAAAUGGAAGAAGGAUGGAUGCAUGUGAUCUACCCGACAUAUCUGCAAACAUCCGAGUCUAGAGAUUGUGGAGUGUCACAUACCUCUAUUCCUCCCAUUCAGAUCACCCCACACACACACAGGAGUAAGAGAGACAUUCUCUCAGAGAUCAAAUAUAUUGAGCUGGUGCUGGUGGCGGAUCAUAAAGAGGAAUGUAGUGACCCUUGCUGCAAUGCCAGCACGUGUAAACUGGUUCCUGGGGCCCAGUGCUCUUCUGAUGGCAUCUGCUGUGAGAACUGCAAGCUGCGUGUGGCCGGGUCGGUUUGUCGGGAGCCGUUGGGAGAUUGUGAUUUGCCGGAGUACUGCACUGGCACUUCGCCCUACUGUCCUCCUAAUGUGUUUCUGCAGAACGGAGAGUCAUGCAAGGAUGGGUCCUCGUACUGCUACAGCGGCGUGUGUGCCAGUCUGGACGAGCAGUGCCAAAUGCUCUGGGGACCGAACUCCACCCACGCUCCACCGAUCUGCUUCUCCUCUGUGAAUAAGCAGGGUAAUAAAUAUGGAAACUGUGGCCAGAUGCCCAAUGGUUCCUACAUCCCCUGUUUGAAAUGGAAUGUGCAUUGUGGUAGGAUCCAGUGUCAGGGUGGAAAUGAGCGUCCUCUGCUGGGCUCCAACGUUGAGAUUCUGACCACAACGGUCAAACUGAACCAGAGUGACUUUACCUGCCGGGGUGCCUAUUUUAAUCUGGGUGAUGAUGUUUCAGACCCAGCCAUGGUGUCACAGGGGACGGCCUGUGGCCCCAACAAGGCAUGUGUAGACCAAAAGUGCCGGGACGUGUCCAUGUUUGGUGUUGAGGAAUGCCACAGGAAGUGCAAUGGCCAUGGGGUGUGUAACAGUAAUAAGAACUGUCACUGUGAUGAAGGCUGGGCUCCUCCUGACUGCAGAUACUCUGGAACCGGUGGCAGUGUGGACAGCGGCCCUGCACGAGAGCCCAGAGAUUCAGAUCCUGCGCGGGUGGCUCUGCUGGUCAUUUUCCUGUUUGUGUUACCGGUCUCGCUGCUGUUUGUCGCACUCCGCUUCCCGCGCUGUCGACGAGGCCUUGUGUACCUCGGCCACACCCCCUUCAACAAGAGCCGACAGAGCCGUGGGGUCUCGGUGGCCUAUAUUGAAUACUGUGUGAAAGAGGAAAACCAGAGGACUCCUGCCAUGGAGCUUGCAAAUGCUCGAAAUGGAGAUCAGGUGCAACCGCUCAGGUACCAGUGGCCCCACCAGAGCGACAUCCCUCUCACCCAGGCUAUCAGCAAGGUCCAAAACAGGCCUGCUGCUCCAACUAAACCUCUUCCACCUGAUCCUGUCAUUAAACCUGCUCAGUUGGCGGGUCAUUGGCCCGCUCCUCCCACCAAACCCCUCCCUCCUGACCCCAUCCCCUCAGAGAGCAAGAUGCAGUGCAAGCCCACAGGAACACGACCGGCUGCACCAAGCAAGCCUCUCCCACCUGACCCUGUCCUCUCUACCAGCCAGAACCCUGUUCCCCCCAAACCUCCAGUUCCCAAGAAACCACUGCCUAUGGAUCCUUCAUCCCACCCUCAUCCACCCCCACUGCUGGGACAUCCAGGACCCGCCACAUCUUCAUCAUCUCACUCACGUAACCCUGCAUCAGCUGCUGCUCCUGCCAGACCUGCCCCUCAUCCGCCUUUACGGAGACAGCAGUACCCUGGGAAACCCCACGCUCCUCACCAAGUAUAGUCAGGAAGGAAGUGCUGGCCCAGCCGCAAAUUUAUGGACUACGCUUUUUUUUUUGUCUUGUUUAAUGGU